GUUUUCUCUCCGUCUUCAUUGUGAGCACUGACUCCCAGCGGUGGACACUGUUGUUCCCUCUCACGCGUCUGUGCUUGGACCACGCCGAGUUUUUGUGUUUGUUGUUAUUGUCUCAACUCAACUCGGUUCUCCACCCGAGCCUGCGGGUCGAGGUUUGGACUGUGUCAGCGGCAGCAGCGGCGGCGGCAGGAGUAGCAGCGGAGGUCAGCUAGGCUAGGCCUUAACCCAGCUCACUUUAACACUUAUGGACUUUGAAAAACAAGCCUAACCGUUGUCUCCAGAACCGGUAGAGGAGGGAGACAGGAUUUGUGGUGGUGGAGCAGCAGCAGCGAGGGACAAAAGCAAGAACCUGUUGUGUGGGUCUGGAUGUGUGGGUGUGCGUGUGAAUGGAGCAGUGUGCGAGUACGGCCUCCCUGCUGGCCUCGGUGCGGGAGCAGGAGAGACAGUUUGAGAUGCUGAGCCGAGCUCUGGAGGAGGAGCGGAGGUCAUGCGCCGGCACCUUGCCCCGCCCCCUCCCCAACAUGCAGAACGGCCGCAUUCCUUGUGAUGCAGACAUAGAGAGGCUGACACUGAACGAGGGUUACAUCAACGGGACACAUCACUUCAGGAUGGAGCCUGGUCAGAUGGUGCAAGAGACAUACACGGUAGAGGAGAACCCACAGGAGUCCACACCUGUUGUCUCUUUGGAGACCAAUGAUGAUGGAACCACGCGGCGCACAGAAACCACGGUAAAGAAAGUAGUAAAAACCACUACUACUCGUACGGUCAUCCCCUCCGUAUCAGACACACUUUCCCUCGAUGGUGGGGGUUCAGUGACCGGUAUGGGGGGCUACACAACGCCCAUGGAACGAGUCUACAGACAGGCACCAGGUGUAGGCAUGCCAAUGGACUACCCCACUCACACUGUGCCUCGAAACUACCACUACGGACCCCAAGGCGGUUAUGACGACUACCGCACUGGACCUCCAUCUGAGACCUACGCAAGUCUAACCAGGGGUGCUCGCAUGGAUGAUCGCUACAGACCAGUCCAUCCAGAUGGUUACAGAACUCUGGAUCCAAGCUACAGAGCCCCCAGCAGGAACCAACUAGACCCCUAUGCUGCUCAGCCACAGGUUGGGCGUAUGGGUAGCGCUAUGGAGCUUUCCUCCAUCCCGAGGUUUGUUCCAGAGCCUUAUGGUCUGGAGGAUGAUCAGCGCAGCAUGGGCUUUGAUGAACCUGACUAUGGGAUGGGACACCCAAUGCACUUCAGUACUAUGCCCCGCAACCACCAAGCAUUUCCCCAUGGCCCCCCACGCAGGACUGGGAGUUAUGAAGGCACCCUGGACGGCGACAUGAGUGGACCAGGGGACAUGUACUAUUGGGGUGGAGGAGCACCACUGGCUCAGGGGGAAAGGGGGAGCAUGGCCUCGUUGGACAGCACUCUAAGGAAAGGUCCAGGGCCCGGUGGCUGGCGGCAGCCAGAGCUGCCCGAGGUCAUCGCCAUGCUGAACUACAGGCUAGACCCAGUCAAGAGCAACGCUGCCGCUUACCUGCAGCAUCUCACUUAUAAGAAUGAUAAAGUGAAGUCUGAUGUGCGUCGCAUGAAAGGAAUCCCUGCGCUUGUGUCUAUGCUCGACAACCCCAACAGAGACGUCCACCAUGCAGCCUGUGGAGCACUCAAAAACAUCUCUUAUGGCAAAGAUCAUGAUAACAAGAUCGCCAUCAAGAACUGUGACGGCGUACCAGCUCUGAUCAGGCUGCUGAGGAAGACCCGCGACCAGGACCUCACUGACACCAUCACAGGAACGCUGUGGAACCUGUCGUCUCACGACUCUGUGAAAAUGGAAAUUGUUGACCAUGCACUGCAUGCCCUCUCCGAUGAGGUUAUGGUGCCACAUUCAGGCUGGGAGCAAGGGAGCAACGGUGCAGGAGGUGGCGAGGAGAACUGCAAGCCCAGACACCUGGAGUGGGAGACGGCCCUAACCAACACAGCAGGCUGCCUGAGGAAUGUGAGUUCGGAGCGAAGUGAGGCGAGGAGGAAGCUGAGGGAAUGCACAGGACUGGUCGAUUCGCUCAUGUACAUUGUCCAGUCCCAGAUUGACUGUAAAGAUGUCGACAAUAAGUUGAUAGAGAACAGUGUGUGUCUGCUGAGGAACUUGUCCUAUCACGUGCACCGUGAAAUUCCCGGCUGUGAGCGCUACCAGGAGGCUGCACCCAUCAACCAGGGCCCCGCCCCCUCCAGCCAGAAGGGUGGCUGCUUCAGCUCCCGCAAGGGCAAAGAUGAGUGGUUUUCCAAAGGUAAAAAAGAUGAGGAUGCAGCUGCAGAUGUAAUAGACAUUCCAAAGAGGACCACACCUGCUAAAGGUUAUGAGCUGCUAUUCCAGCCAGAGGUAGUUCGCAUCUACACCUCUCUACUGAAGGAGUCCAAGAACCCCACAGUUCUGGAAGCCUCAGCUGGAGCUGUUCAGAACCUGUGUGCCGGCCGCUGGACUUAUGGGCGAUACAUCCGUGCCUUGCUGCGCCAGGAGAAGGGUCUACCCAUGAUCACUGAGCUGCUGGCCCAUGGAAACGACCGUGUGGUCCGCGCCAUGUCUGGAGCCCUGCGUAAUCUGGCCAUUGAUGCACGCAAUAGAGAUCUACUAGGUAAACAUGCAGUGCCUCACCUGGUGGCUAACCUGCCCGGUGGUGGUCAGAGUCAGCCAGUGCGAGCGUUGUCAGAAGAGACAGUGGUGUCGGUAUUGAGCACACUUCAUGAGGUACUGGGCUCCAGUCUGGAAGCAGCCAAGACCCUCAGAGCCUCGCAGGGCAUCGAGAGACUGGUGCUCAUCAACAAAGACGGUAAUCGUUCUGAGCGGGAGGUGCGCGGUGCCGGUCUGGUGCUGCAGACAGUGUGGGGCUACAAGGAGCUGCGGCGCACAUUGGAGAAAGAUGGCUGGAAAAAGACAGACUUCAUGGUCAACCUAAACCCUCCCAGCAGCAACACCAGGACCAACGGGGGUUAUGAGGACAGCACUCUGCCACUCAUAGACAAAGGCGGCAAAGGAGACAGGGAAAUGAUUCCAAUGAAUGACAUGGGACCAGAUGCCUACUCCACACUGGACCAGAGAGGGAGAAGGAACACGCUGGAUAACACACUCGAACCUGCUGACAAAGAUGCAGUACAGGGAGGGAUGUAUGGCGAGAGGCAGGCCUCUUUGCCUCUAAUGGAGUCUUACGAUGAAAAACUGAUUGUGUGCAUCACAAGACGACAGCCUCCUCCCACCUACUGCCCUUGCUGAACUGACACCGGGGGAUCACAGCGCCGCCAAUGGGAUGAACCUCCAUCCUUUUACUCUCAACUCGUCUGUCCCUCCUUAUUCUUUUUGCAGCUCCCCUCUUCUCUCUAUCUGUCUCUCUUUCUCACAUUCCUCCACUGCAGCUCACACUCCCUGUGGACAACCGGAUGUGACACUUUGACCACUUUAAGCUCUGCGAUUCCCUAAACCCCAAACAGAAGAAAGAAAGUAAAAAAAAAACUAACCUUUCAAACAACACUACAUCUCCACACUACAACACUAUGACUCACCUGGACGACACUAAUGCUCUCUCUUGAAGAAAAAAGCAGAGGCUUCAUCCAAGGACUUACGUAAAUUCAUGGACGUCAGAGUGUAGACUAAUGAGACUGAUGAAAUCAGAACAGGACACUUUAUUGAAAUUUUACAUAAAUGGCUAUUAUACUCUGUUUUGAAGAAACUGAGAGGACCACUCAUUCACUCUCUCUCUUUUCUUUCUCUGAUGGUUAAAAUAUUACAAAAACUAUGUUUAUCAAUGAAUCCAGUAUGUGUUAAUCUUCUGCUUCUGUGUUGGUUGUGGUUGCUCCUCUCGUUUUUGCUUCGCUGAGUACCACAGUGAUGUACAUGUGCCAAAUGACACUGCUUAUGCUGCGACUGCCAAGACUGAAUGCAAGAACUUCACACACACUCUCUUUUUCUUACAGCAGCUACACUGAAAACUGUCAUGGGCUUUGUUUUGUGUGCAGUUAACCAACGUUUAUGGGGCUGCUGCGUGUUUCUGUAUCUGAUUGUGAUCUGUAGAUAUUGACGGGGACAGGAGUAGAGCAGAGGAAAUCGACCAUUUCUAUCUGUCUCUUAUAUGUACGCCCCUUUGUAAUAUUUUGGGCGAUAACAUGGGAUUCAGUUGGGUCUGUGUUGUUUUACCCACAGGUCCAUUAUCUUAUGAAUGUGUACACACAAGAUGGUCUAACUGGAGUGCCUCGCUCAUUCAGGAUAGUUCUGAUGAGCGUGUCCAACAUGACAUUGUUAACCAAUUAAAAAGUAUUUUCCUUUCUCAGCAGGUUACUAGUUAUACUGUAGAUAGAGCUCAGUGGUUUUCAAAUCUGCAAGAUAAUGGAAGAUUGUGAACUUAUUUGUCUGUAAGAGUUCUUGUUAUUGGGAAUUUUUUUUUCUACGAGGUAUAAAACUCUUGAGUCCUGUUGUAAUUUGUUCUGCUUUAACACCCCCACAGCUGACCUGACUUUAAGACUACAGAACAGUACAUGGGAGAAUACGCCGCAUUGUCUGCUUUUGUUACAGUGCUUGUUUUGUCGCAGAAUGCAUAUUCCCUAUGCAGAGUGAGAUGUAGAUACUUGCUAAGUGGAAGAUUAAAAGAAGCACUCGGGAGGGAAAUGUGUUUUCUCCUCCCCUUCUUUCUUUUAAUUUGAACCUUUUUCUUUAUUUUCCAUGCCAACUUAAACACUACACACUACAGAGGGAGCCUCAUUUUCUCAAAAGUAACAAGUUGCCUUCCAGAGUGGACUGUUUUGAAGAGGGAGAGCAGAGGAGUGCGAGGGUUUGUGGUAAAAAAAUCUGUGUAAGGAGGCCUAGACCAGAAUUUGCUAUUAGAUAAAAGUGGAGAAAAAGAUAAAUAAAAGCACAUUAAAACUAUAUAUACAAGAGAAUAUUUGUUAAUUUUAAUGAUUUUAUGUUUCUUUUUUUUUUUGAUAUUCUGAUUGGGAUUAAUUUUUUUUGGGUGCUCUGGGUGAAUGCAUAUGCAAUCAGUUUUUGUGUUUAGAUAAAAAAAAACAUUCAGUUUAUGUCUUAAUUAAAUGCAAAAUAUGUUAGUGAAUAAAAACGAAAUCCUCCAUCAGUCAUCGGAUACUGGAACACUAAUGGGAAAUCUAUCUGAUUCUGAACUACACCUUAAUCCUUUUUGCCUUGGCUCUUAAAGUUGCACAUUCUCAUUUAUGAAUGAAUUAUGUAACUAGCAAUACUGUUUUUAAUAAAAAAGAAAAUGAUUUCUCUGA